AUGAUUGGGAAGUUUAAGGAGUUGGAUCUCAUGAUCGAGGGUUGUGGGAGUCAGGAUGAAUACCUGAUAUUGUUAUUCUAUGGCCACCACCACAAAGGCUUGAAGUCUAUAGCAGCAACUGAAGGAAGUAAAAUCUUGACAUUCAGACCGGGACAUCGGAAUGUAAAAGCCGCAUUCGGCGGACGAUUGAAGACCGAACACAUCCCUGUCAAUGUAUUCUUUGUUCAAGUGUCCCGUGGUAGAUCCAAGUCAUCUCAGGCUGUUAGUGAAUGGAAUGGAUGUGCUUUAUUCAUCGUGUAUGCAAACCACAUUGAUCUCUCCGAUCCGGCUGAAAACCAAUUUCCGAAGAAUUGGAUUGAAUACUGCCGUGUUCGCAACAUUCUCGGCAUGCGCAGCAGCAUUUUCAAUUUCUGGACCAAGGAGGCUGGUUCAGUUCUUGGCUCACUGUACGGUCUCGAUUUGAGGCAGUGGACUCAAUUUUAA